AUGGGCAUCAAAGGUCCUCAGAGUAUAGUUUCUCCCAGAGCGGAGGCGGGAGAGAUUGACACAAAAACUCAAUUUCAGUCUGUAAAGGCCGCUGUUAAUUUAUUCGGUGCAAUGCAGAGAACGAAAGCUCUAGCCAAAAUGUCAAAACCUUCUACAGAGAGAAUGCUAGACAAGGAAACCCAACUUCACUUGGCCGAGAAAGAACUAACAAAAGUGAAGAAACAGCUGAAGAAUGUUGAAGAUACAAAAGCCAAAGCACAUUUUGAUCUCGAAAAGGCGAAGAGAACGCUGCAUUAUCUAACUAACAAGCUCGAAACCGUCAUGGAUUCAAAGAAAUCAGCAGUUGAGGCUACCAAAGCAGCAAAAGCUCGAGCUAAACAACUUGAAGAAGCUCAUUCCAUGAAACCCUUUGGAAGCAGGAGAACAUGGAGAGAGCAAUUGGAUCAUGAGAGGGACCAGUAUAGAACUGUUAGUAAUGAGCUUGCCAUUGUGAAACAGAAGCUCAGGAAAACCCAACAAAAUUUUGAUUUGUUCCUAGAAGCGAAAAUUGCGGGGUUUCAGCAGGCAGCAGAUGCCCAGCAUGCAGUAAAGAUGAAUAAACAAAAGAUGAGUGAGCUGACUAGGGACAUAGCAGCAAUGCAGGAAUCCGUUAAUCGUGUGAAGCUUGCCACACUACUUGCUAAAGAAGAGCAGGCAAAGAUUAUGAAAGAGAGAAGCGAACACCAAAAAUCCCAUAGAACUGUGAUGGAGGAAACCGAGAGGAAGCUGGUGUCUUCAAAGAAAGAGUUUGAUCCUGAACUCGUUAGAGAUCUCGAGGAUAAGCUUGCAGAAACGACCAAGGAGGUCGAAAUUUUGCAGGAGGAAGUAAAAAUUAGCAGGGCUUCAAGCCUAGAUUUUGUGAGGAUCCUAGGUUUGGAACUCGAUGAUGCUAAAAAGGUGCUGCAGAAGAUUACGGAAGAAGAAAGCUCACUUCGAGGUGUGGUUGAUUCCCUAAAGCAGGGGCUGGAGAAUGCAAAGAAGGAUUGCUUCGAUUUAAAGGAAAAGGAAGCAGAAGCAGAAGCAAAAAUCAGCAACAGGGAACAUGCACGUUGA